AUGUGGGAUGGACCCCUGCGGGAAGGCAUCCCUUUUGCAUCACCGGUGAGAGCAGUGGGCCACAGACACUUGCAGUUCAACCCACAGCCCUCCAUUCCCUCUUUGUGGGAGCAGAAUGUCGGUACAGAGGGAGAACGAAACGUUUACGCUGAGAACAACAUUAGUGGUAACAACAUCAACAACAACAACAAUAGAAUCGGUAAAGGGCGUUGUUGUGGAAAUCGAGAACAGGAUGUAUCUUUUCCAUUGACGCGGCCGCUUUCUUUUCCUGUUUCUGCCAUAACGAAUGAAGAGGAUGGGGUUUUUGUACAACAUACACCUUUUUUUACAGCUGAGUCGGAAGAGGUGGAAAAGAAUGGGAUGGAUGAACAUCAUGAAUUAAGUCAGUGUAUUCCAGAGAACAAUCAUCAUUGGUUCCAAGAGGAAGCUGAAUGUAGUCAACGAAGCACAACGAGUUGUCGAACACAGACAGCUGUAAUGACAAUGAUACAGCCUAGUGAUCCAGGUGCACCUAAAAAAGGUCCUGGACGAACUUAUCUUUACACUGAAGUGGAUGAAUCUUAUAUCCCUAAUGCGAAAAUGAUGCUUUGUCAACAUUUUGUGGAUACAUUGAAUGGAAACAAUAACAAUAACAAUAACAGUAUUUCUAUGCCAUGUGAGUCUUCUAUUCUUUCUCAUAUUACUCCACUUGAAGAGGUUGAUGAAUCCAUAGAUCUUGCUAAUCAAAUGUCACGUUUGAUUGUUGCAGCAUCUCCAACUCAAAAGCGACUAGUCUUUUCUGGUCCCUUUGAUGAAUCAAAUGGAGUUGUAAAAGAAGAAGUAGAGGGUAAACGCAUGAGGUCUAGCUCUAUUGAUCAUGGGCAACAACAACAACAAUCCCGGCGAGGCAAACGUUUUCUUGAGGAGUUGGAUGCUAACUGUGAUUCCAGUGCAAGCUCUCCAACAUACUCUCCGACAAGUGAAGUUAAUCGCAAAUGUCGACGUGUAGAUACCGGCGAUAGGGCAAAAAGCCGUAGCUAUCACAGAGAGACCAACAGUGAAUGUAGAAUCAUCGGUGACACUUGUUUGAUGAAUAAUUGA